AUGGACAUGAAGAUGUUUGUUAGUAGCAGGCGAGUUAAAAAAUGGCAGUUUGUUCAGAUAUUUGCCAGUUGUUUCAUACUAAGCCUCAUGGUUUUUUGGAGCCCGUUUGAUAGCCACAUUGUGAGCCAUAUGAAGUCCUACUCUUACAGAUACCUCAUAAAUAGCUAUGACUUUGUGAGUGACAGACUGUCCGUUAACCGCAGCUUGGAGGAUACUCCCAGCUUCCAGUACUUGAUUAACCACGAGGAGAAGUGUCACUCUCAAGACGUCCUCCUCUUACUGUUUAUAAAGUCUGCUCCCGAAAACUACGAACGUCGUUCUGCAAUUAGGAAAACAUGGGGCAACGAGGAGAUUGUUCGGUUUCAGUUGAAUGCCCACAUCAAAACUCUGUUUGCCUUAGGGACGCCUUCUAAUCCACUGACGAGUGAACAAUUACAAAGAAAACUGGUCAGGGAAGAUGAAAUGUAUGGUGAUAUAAUCCAGCAAGACUUCACUGAUUCCUUCUACAAUCUUACUCUUAAAUUACUUCUGCAGUUCAACUGGGCAAAAACGUUCUGUCCACACGCCAAAUUCCUUAUGACUGCUGAUGAUGACAUCUUUGUUCACACACCAAAUCUGGUUGAAUACCUUCAAAGUUUGGCACAAAUUGGUGUGCAAGACUUUUGGAUUGGUUAUGUUCAUCGUGGCGCGCCUCCCAUCCGCGACAAAAAAAGCAAAUACUUCGUGUCCUAUGAGAUGUACCCGUGGCCAGCUUACCCUGACUAUACUUCUGGCUCUGCCUAUGUGGUCUCCAGUGAUGUGGCUGCCAAAGUCUAUGAGGCAUCACAGACACUUAACUCUAGUCUUUACAUAGACGAUGUGUUCAUGGGCAUCUGUGCCAAUAAAAUGGGGAUAGUACCACAACACCACGUGUUUUUUUCUGGGGAAGGUAAAACACUUUAUCAUCCGUGCAUCUAUGAUAAAAUGAUGACAUCCCAUGGGCAUGUACAAGACCUUGAGAAGCUCUGGAAAGAUGCCACAGAUCCUAAAGUAAAAUCAGUUUCGAAAGGGCUCCUUGGUCAGAUAUAUUGCAGACUCAUUAGGAUAGCACUCCUUUGCAAACUGAGGUAUAUGAGCACUUACCCUUGUCGGGCUGCGUUUGUUUAA